GCCAUUUGCAUGGAGUCCUUGACUAUGAAUGGGAGUCAGUGGACGACACUGCUCCAAGGCAUGCUGUUUGUGCCUUCGGACACACAGGCGGAUCCGACAACGGCGGAGGAAGAAAGGAGCAACCUGGCUAACCUGAUGUUGAAUAUGAUGCGAGCGAUCAUGUGGAACAAUACGAUGUUAAUGGUGCAAAUACACGAGGGUAGACAACUGCGACAGAUUCAGCAGAAUGAUUCUGCAGCCUUACCAGCUGCUGUUCGCGCUGCCGCCACACAUCAGCAACAACAGCAACAGCUGUUGAGCACCACCACCGCACGCGUCAACAACAUCGAGGCUAAGGCCUCAGCAGCGCCGGGUUGCACGACAGACGAGACGAAGCAGCUCAACGAGCGCAUCGAUCACGUCGUCACGAUCAUCGGCGAACUCAGUGAUUUCACCGGACCAGCUACGAUCUGCAGCACAGUGGCAGCCAUCAAGACGGACAUCACCAAGCUGCAGUCGCAACCGGCAGCAGCUGCGAAGGUAUACAAGAUGCCACAGUUCAACAUCGACAAGUUUGAGGACUACAACAAGACCGACGCUUCGACAUGGUGGCAAGCUUUCCUCACGGAAGCAUCAUGCCACAAGGUCCCAGCCGAAGACAUGAUGAAGGUCAUAUACCUCCAACUCAUUGGAGGGGCACAAUCAUGGAUGAACCACCUCGCAGUUAGCAAGAAGACCACGAUCGUCGAGCUACACAAACACCUCACGUGGGAGGAGUUUGAACAGCUGUGGUCCACUCGCUUCAUGGUCCGCAACGUCAUAAAGGCGGCCAUGAACGAGGUCUACACAUGCUCACAAGGAAACAUGCCAACUCGAAACUGGACAAUCAAGUGGCAGAAGAUAGUGACCACGCCAGGCUUCGAUUUGAGCUUUACGAAUCAACGAUCCGAGUUCUUCUCGCGAUCGUGCGCAGGACUGCGAACCGCACUCGGCAACGAGUACGAUUACGCCUCAUUCCAGGCUAUCCUGGAUCGUGCGAACUUAGUCAUCCAAACGGAUGACAAGGCCGCAAACGAACGGCAGUCCCAGCCGCAUUAUGUGGCUAAGCAGGGCUAUCAACGACCGACACAUAACAAUGCCGUGAUUUCGGAAGAAACAGUCGAUCUCCACGCUGCAGCAGCAUCCUCGAGUGAUGGAGGAAUUGUAGCAGCGCUCCCGCCGAAGCGUCCCAAGAGAGUUCGGAAGAACAAGGCAACAAAAGAGACGGCAUCGACGGGAACUGGGCAGCAGCCAUGGACGACUUACAAGAUAACCAAGGAUGUCUAUGACCUUUGUCAAAAGUACGGAUACUGCUUUUGGUGCAAUGGAGUCACUCAUUUGACCGCACAAUGCCUCGCAAAGGGCAAGGCACGCGUACCCCGUCCAGCAAAAUCGGGAAACUGAGUUACGCAAGGAGAGGGGCGACGUCUCUCCUCACUCCGCCGGACCCGGUUGCCUUGCUAGCAAUCGA